UUUGUUGGCACUUCUGCUGGACUUCAGUAGCAUCAGGAAUCAGCUACAGCUCCUGCUUGCCAGGCUCCUGGAGGUGCAGGAUGACUCUUUUCGAUGGCAUCUACCCCUUCUACCCGCAGCAGAGGAAGGCUGCUGGAUUUGAAAUCAGUGCCGUCAUAGUCAUCGUGGUCUUCCUGACGCUGGCUGGCAGCUUCCUGCUCAUCAUCCCUGGCAUCCGUGGACGGGCGAGGUGGUACUGGACUCUCCGUGUUCUCCUCAGCCUCUUCGUGGGACUGGUGAUUGUCGUUGUCCAGUUCACAGGGGACUGGGAGACCGGCUGGGUGCAGGCAAACACCUCCUACAAGUCCUUCAGCACCGUCCAGGUGAACGCGGACAUCGGGCUGCACAUCGGCCUGGGCGGGGUGAACGUCACGCUCAGGGGAAACCCAGUGAACCAGAUCAACGAGACCAUCAACUACAACGAGCACUUCCCCUGGAGAUUCGGGGCAGAUUAUGACCUCAGCUACAGCCAGGGGCUGCAGAAGGGGCUGCCCAGCCCCAUCCUCUACGUGGCAGAGAAGUUCAGGUCGCAGAGCCCCUGUGCUGUGCACAGGCAGUACCGCAUCGCCGGCCACUACGCCUCAGCCACGCUCUGGGUAGCCUUUUGCACGUGGAUCGUCUCCAACAUUCUCUUCUCCAUGCCUGUCCUCGUUUAUGGAGGGUACAUGCUCCUGGUCACGGGGGCCUUCAUGAUCUUCUCGCUGCUCUCGUUUUCCACCGUGAGGAACACCCCCUUGUGCCUGAUCCAGAUUGGGACCAGCACCCUGCACGUGGCCUAUGGGGGCUCCUUCUGGCUCAUGCUAGCAGUUGGCCUGCUCUGUUUUGUGUUUGGGAGUGCCGUUGUGGCAAUGCACUACCUCAAUCUGGACCUGCUGAAAACUUUCUUUGAUCUCCGUGAGGACAAUGCAGAGGAGUACCAGGAUAUGCCCGAGGUGUUCAUCAACCCUCAUUUCGUGAACAAGAGCCUGUCUCCUUCUCAGCCCUCUGAGAUCAACGGCGUCUAGAAGAAAGUCCUCACUCUCUCCCUGGAGAUGGACCCAAAAGGGCAGAACAAAUUCCUCUUGAUGUCCCCAGAGAUGCAUUUCCCCAUCCUACUGCCUUUGAAGUCAACCUUGGAAAAGGUCUUUGCUGCAAAUCCCUUCACAGACUGUGUCUCCCUGAGUCUGCCCUCUGGAAGGGGCAGGCUGUGCUGGGGGGCUGCCAUCAGAGCUGCUCACAGCUCCAGAGACUUGAGCUGCACACUCACCUGGGCAUCCCUGUCCCAGGAGGAAUGCCCUUCCUGCUCCUUGCCCUGCCACAGGGCAGCGCAGGGGUUCUCCAAGGUCUGUUCCUGCUGAAACUGAGAAACAGCUCAGGGGUGACAUUUCUCCCUGGGAGCGCCUGCCUCUCCAAAAGCCUGGGGUUAAACCUGCUCAUUUCUUUCCCAGACAUGACAUUUUGUAGUUUAGGUGUACCCAGGAAAGCCAGGCAUGGAUCCAGCUUCUGCAGGCUGGAUGCUGCAGGAACUGGAAUUAAAAAAACUGCUCCAGAAACAAAGACUGAGUAAAUGUACCCUGGAGGUUGCCAUGGGGGAUGUGGUGAUGUGAUACUCUUCACCUUCAAAUUUGAACUUUAUUAGACAAAACUCGUAGCCUAGCGGGGGCCAAAAAGAUGCCAUAGGAAAGGAAGGAGAGUGAAGAGUGAAGUUAUCCCUGUCCAGCUGGAGCACACUUAGACUGGCUGGGCAGCAGGGGAGGGAGGGAAUCUGUCCCUCUGCCUCACUCAGGUGAGACCCCACCUGCAGAGCUGCCUCCAGAGAGGGACAUGGAGCUGUUGGAGUGAGUCCAGAGGAGGCCAUGGAGAUGCUCCCGGGCUGGAGCCCCUCUGCUCUGAGCCAGGCUGGAGAGCUGGGGCUGUUUCCCUGGAGAAGAGAAGGCUCCAGGGACACCUCAGAGCCCCUUCCAGUGCCUGAAGUGGCUCUAGGAGAGCUGGAGAGGGACUGGGGACAAGGGCUGGAGGGACAGGACAGGGGGGAAUGGUUUCCCACUGCCAGAGGGCAGGGUUAGAUAGGAUAGUGGGAAGAAAUUCCUCCCUGUGAGAGUAGUGAGACCCUGGCACAGGUUGCUCAGAGAAGCUGUGGCUGCUCCAUCCCUAGAAGUGUUCCAGACCAGGUUGGAUGGGGCUUGGAGUAACCUGGAACACUGGAGGUGUCCCUGCCCAUGGUGGGGACAAGAUGAGCCUUAAGGUCCCUUCCUACCCAAACCAUUCUGGGAUUCUAGAUCUGAAUGCUGGAAACCUAUGCACCUUCACUCCAAUUAUUUGUGAAGUACACAAUUUCAAUAUUUUGACUUUUCUUUAUGAGAUCCUUGCUGGCAAAUUACUUACCUCUGUCAGAUGCUACUUGUGUGUCACUAAUGUGGUUUGUUCUGUGCAGGAAUUAUUUUCAAUAAAACUUUACUAAAACCUCUCUCCUUUGAAACACUGUGGAUGUUUAGGGGACUGGUUUCUUAAGAAGGGGCCAUGGGGCACAUCUGAAGGUCCCUUCUGGCAAGCCCCCAGCAGCAGGAUGGCAAGGAUGGCAAGUCCUCAUCCUUCCCAUGGGGACAAAUGUCUUGUUGGCACAUUUCAAGGUCACCCAUUAAGAAACCUUUCCCAUGAGGAGCUGUGAGAAUGUAGGAGAGCCCCAAAAGGACUUUAACUAGCUGAGUGCUGGGGCUAAAGCUGUGAGAUUAAACCAGCAAAACUCCAGCAGAAAAAGGAGGAUCCUUCCUUGAGAAUUUCUUGCAUCCAGACUCAUGAGGUUUGAAGGCACUAAUGGGAAGAAGAUACAGCAAAAUACAAGUUUUUGGGGCUGGUAUGGGACAAAUCCCAUGACCUGAAGACACAGGAGGCUGGGGGAUUUCCCAGCCUUUUGACCACCACAU